GACUGCGCAGCCAGGCUUGCUCAACCCGUAUCCCAGCUUCAGGCCCACCUGUGGUCACAUUUGGCCCCGGGGCUUUCCGUUGGACUUCGUUCAAUCUCCGCAGACCUUCAACCGCUCGCUGCUGCAUGCGCAGUUGAGCCGGCCUCCCGCCAUCCAGCAGUUCCUUGCCGACGAAGAUCCGGACGUGGAUGCCAUCUUCCGGCUGACGCGUCCGCUGCCUUGCUCCUUCCAAGGGCCCGGGCCAGGAGAGGGCCGGCCACAAGUCGUCGCCGUGCCACCGCAGUUCUUCACACCAUACAAUGCUCAGUGUACCGUCCAUCUUUACGAAGCUUUCUGGGGUCUGCUGCUCCCCGUGACCGUGCACGGCCGCGUUUCGGAUAUCUGGCGUGCCUACCUGACCCAGAAGUUGCUGUGGGAUGUCGGCCAGGUUGUGACGUUCAUGCCGUCUCAUGUUGUACAUGACCGAGUCGCCCACGACUACUUGAAGGACUUCCAAAGUGAGGGUGACCUUCAGCUGAAGAGCACAGCUCUUGUUUCCUUCCUCGCGAGGUGGUCGAGCGAUGCUCCCACACUCGUGGAGCGAAUUGAGCAGCUCUGGGCCGCGCUCUACAUGCGCGGCUUUGUGGAGCUGGGAGACGUGAGGCUGGCGCAGGCAUGGAUCCGGGAUUUGAUCUCCGUGGGCUACGACUUCCCCGAGCUCCAGCUGGGAAAGAUCAUGUGGGUACCUGCCGAUGGCAUGCCGUCCUCGGACGAGAAGCACGAACUGUAG